CCCAAGGGGGGGAGGGGGGAAAACUGUUUUGACAGCCGGUUUUGUUCCUAACAUUAGGAGCAGAUCAAGCUUGUCAAGCUAUUUUUCCCACCUGCCAAGACCUCUUGCCUCACCCCCCCACUCCCUCCCCCAUUGCACAUUGUGGGGAAAAUGUGGCUGUGGUAAAGAAUUUGUGGAAAUACAUGGUCAGGAUAUAGCACGCAUCACAGGGGGACCGCCCCGAAUAUGCAUCGCAACCCAUUGUAAGUACCGCAAAACUAUUUGCUGCUAACCCGGCGGCGAUCAUCAUGGCUUGCAAAAUAUAGGCGUGCUAUGUUUGUAACUCGAUGGAUGCUUGGUUGGAUUUCAAGGGUCUAUGAUGAUGGCAUCACUAAAGAAAAAUCAUGUUAAAUAUGUCCCGUAUCCCACUCUCCUUUAACGUCUUGUUCCUCUCUCCACCCCAGACUACUCUCGAGUCUUCGACCCUAAUCGCGUCAUUUUUUUCCUUUUUUUUUCAUUCUCAUUUUCAGUAAUACACGCUCACUCACUCACUCACUCUUUACUCUCAUUACUAUCUUUUUGUGGUGUUUUUUUCUUUUUUUCUUUUCUUUUUUCUCUCCCCACAAAACAGAAAUCAAGAUGCGUUCCUCAUCCAUCAUCCUCCUCGCCACCGCCGCCCUGGCUCCCUUCGUGGCCGGCACGGAGCUCAGGAUCGACAGCAAGGACGUCCCGUCCGCCUGCGCCGAGACGUGCGCCGACAUCCAGGAGCUGAGCGAGAUGUGCUACAACCAGCGGGACAAGAACAACAGCGACAAGAGCGAGGCGGCCUGCGUGUGCCCCAACAAGGACUUUGACGUCGCCUCGGCCGCCGUUGCCUGCCAGCAGUGCUUCACCGCGCAAAAGGCCUCCAACGACCAGCGCGACAACAUUGACCGUAUCGUCAAGACUUGCAACUUUUCCGACAAGACCCCCACCGGCCAGCAGCAGCAGCAGCAGCAGCAGCCCCCCAAGCCCACGUCGCCCGCCAGCGUCCAGCCCACCGUGCCGCUCAUGGGCCCCUACCCCGGCAGCGGCAGCGGCGGCGGCUACCUGGCCUCCUCCUGCCUGCCCGUCACCGUCACCGUCACCGUCACCAUGGGCGGCAACUACACCGGGCCCUCCAAGCCCACCUACGUCCCCGGAAAGCCAAACACCCCCACCCCCGUCAGGCCCCCGACCACCCCCACUCCCAUCAGGCCCUCCGGCACCCUGCCCGUUGGGAACGCCACCAGGCCCGGCACGCCCCUCCCCACCGCCGGUGCCUCCUCCGUCAACCCUGGCUUCCGGCUUGCCGCUCUCGCCGGUCUCGUCUACCUGCUUGCAUGAUUUUUCGGCUGCUGGGUGUGAUGACGGUUUCCUUCGCUUUUCUUUUUUCCCAACGUUUAUUUUCUUCUUUUCCUUUCUUGAUUUGGUCUUUUAUGAAUCGGUCCUUUAUGAUUUGGUCUUUUUAUCCUUUUCCCCCUUUUUUGGUCUUUGGCUUUUGGCAUUUUUGCAUACCGGUGGCGCACUGGAUUUCCUUUU